AUGUUAGAUAAAAGUAUUUAUGAAGAUAAUAAUAAUGAUAAAUUGGAAAAAUUAGCUUUGUUUGAGUCUAAAGCAGUCGGUAUCAAAGAGAUUGAAUAUACAAUAAGAACAAGAGAAGAAGCCGGACAAAAGAAAAAGCAAAAUCAAGGGAGAGUCAGUACAAAUAGAUGA